AUAUGUGCUCAUAAAAUACACAGGAAAAGAAACAUAAAAAAAUUGACUCUCGAUUUGUGAAGAUAGAUUUUUUAUAAACAAAAAAAACAUUAGUGAUUCUGAUGGCUUACCGUGCGGGUAGCCAAGAUUUAACUUCGAGUGAAGAUGAUUCUGAUAAAGAUUGGGAUAAAAGUCCUAAGAGCAAGAAGAGACGUAUGAGUAAAGUGUUGGAAGAUACUAUUGCUGCUAAUGAUGAUGACAUCGAUGAUGCUUCGGAGGAUGAUGAAGAGCUAAAUAAUAGCAAUCGUAUGACACCCAGUAUUGAAAAGGCGAUACAGCGAAGUAUAUCUAAACUUAGUCAAGAAAAUUUGGACCUAGAUGCUGAUGAAAAAAAGUCAUCACCAAAUGAUCAUAGUUACUGUGUUUCAAAAAGUCCGAUUUUGUUUGAAGAUGAUGAUGAUUUUAUUGGUGGACAUAAAGGCGAAGAGAUUGAUGGAGAUCAUUCAGAUAAUGUAAAUGAUUCAGAUCAUUUAGAUAAAUCUAGUUAUGCUGAUCAGAAAGUUGAGGCAAUCGAUGUUGAUAGUUUUGAUGAAAGUAGUUCAGAGGAAUCAGUAGUUGAUGACUCAAGGAUAGAAGAUGUUCAGACAACGCAUUAUAAGAUUGCUGAAGAAGCUCCGUCUCUAGCUGAUCAAGUGGCCAAGUAUAAUUUAAAAGUACUUAAAGUUAUGGUUGUUCGAAAUGAUGGGAAAGUUAUUAUUCCUUUAGAAAAUGGUACUGAAAAUGAACCGGAAGAAAAUAUCAGUGAUAAGUUGUCUCAAGAUGCUGUAAAAAAUCAUACUUUGAAAAAGUUCAAACUGAUAGAACGAAGAGCUUCUGAUGUGUCAAAUAAAUCGUCAAGAAAUUCUGUGACGGGAUCACCCAGAGAAGUAGAAAUAAAUUGUCAGAAAUUAUCAAAUAGUCAAGAAAAAAAAAGUAGUCAGACUAGUUAUAAAGAAUUGAAUAAUAAUGAUGUAGAAUUAAAGAGGGAUGAUAAAAUACUGAUAGUUGACACUGAUGAUCCAAAUACUAAAAUUAUUUGUCAAGAAAUAAAUAAUAACAGUCAAAAGUUAAGUACUGAUGGAUCAUUUACUGCUGUAGUGAAUGAUUUAGUAAAAAUAGAAAUGAAAAAUGAAACACCAGGAGCUGAAGGUGAAGAGGAGAGUAAAAAUAUCUUAGAAAUUAAGAAAGACGAAGAAGCGAUAGAAGCUCCAGAUGUUAAGGACAUUAAACCCAAGAUUAAUAUUAAGCCAACGACUGAUCAUUCAACUAGAGAUUUGGGAAAAAAAGCUCUAGAGACGUACAAAGAACAACAAUCGCUUACUGUUGAACGUUUGCACGAUCUCCAUGGAUCACUGAUCUCUCGUCCUACUGAGUCUACCCGAGCAAAGGAUCCAGCAGGUCUGAGUACUCCUCUUAUGCCCCACCAACAACAUGCUCUGGCAUGGCUUCUAUGGAGAGAGCAGCAGAAACCUCCUGGUGGAGUUCUAGCUGAUGAAAUGGGACUCGGAAAAACUCUGACAAUGAUAUCGCUGGUACUGAAAACGCUGCCGGAGUUUAGGAAAAAAGACGAAGACAAAGACAAAAACUACCGGAGAUGUAAAUUGCUCAAGUAUUCUGGAGGAACUCUGGUAGUUUGUCCGGCUUCAUUAGUCUCGCAGUGGAGUCAGGAGAUACGAAAACAUUGCAAAAGAAAUCAGCUUGUAUUUGAAUCUUACCAUGGGCCGAAUCGGGAGGUGAAUAUCAAAAAAUUAUCAAAGAAUGACAUUGUCAUAACGACGUAUAAUUUAUUAAGCCGUGAAAGCAAUAACACAGGGAUCAGUAAUUUGUUGUACAAAAUUCAGUGGGAACGAGUGAUACUUGAUGAAGCUCACGUUGUUCGUAACCACAAGAGCCAAAUGUGCGACGCUGUUUGUCGUUUGACCGCAGACAGACGUUGGGCCAUCACUGGAACUCCGAUCCACAAUAAACAAAUGGAUCUCUACGCCAUUUUAAAGUUCCUACAGUGCUCGCCAUUUGAUGACCUUAGAAUUUGGAAACGUUGGGUUGACAAUAAAGAUGACGCAGGCCAUCAACGGCUUACUACAGUAAUGAAGACUCUGAUGCUACGUCGUACCAAGCAAGAGCUGAUGAUCAAAGGAGAAAUGCAACCUUUGACUAAAAAAAUUUUAAACACAAUCCGUGUUCCUUUAGAUGCUGACGAGCGAUUAGUUUAUGAGAAAGUUUUGAUGUACUCACGGACACUUUUCGCUCAAUUCCUGCAUCAACGCUCUGAGAAACACCACAUGUUCGAAAUGGGGGCUAGAUACGAUCAUCGGCGUCCAACUACUUCUCCAUACAUAGCGGGAUUCAAUAAAGCGCAGCAGCAGUUGCUGGCCCAACAUGCCGACGUCCAGUCUCAUGACAUCCUGGUGUUGCUGCUGAGACUUAGACAGAUCUGUUGCCAUCCAUCUCUGAUUCACGCCAUGCUGGAUAAAAAUGAUUUAGACCCACAAGCUCUUGGUGACGGUGCAAUUAACUUUCAAUUGUUAAACCAAAUAAAUAACGUCAAUUUAAGAGACGAUACUGGUAAUGAUCCUGAUGACGAAGACGAAGAAGAAAGUGGUGUCAGUGAAAGAGUAAUUGAAAAUUUAUUGACCAAAGACAAUCCUGUAUUUGAUCCCGAGCGGCAGAGUGCUAAAUUGCGGUCUAUUAUCACAGUAACUAAGCAGAUAUUAACUAAAAAAGAAAAAGUUAUAAUAGUAUCCCAGUGGGUAGGAUACUUGCAAAUCAUAGCAAACAAUUUAAAUUCAAUUGACGGCGCUACGUAUAAAUUAUUUAUUGGCAGUACUUCGAUUAACAAUCGCCAGAAAAUGAUCGACUCGUUUAACAGCCCCGACGAGGACCCGCAGAUUCUUCUCCUGUCAUUGAAUGCCGGUGGAGUGGGACUUAAUCUUAUGGGAGGAAAUCAUCUGAUGCUGAUCGACAUUCAUUGGAAUCCUCAGCUCGAGUUGCAGGCUCAGGACCGCAUCCAUCGGUUUGGUCAGAAAAAAAAUGUAUUUAUUUACAAGUUUAUCUGCAGUGACACAAUUGAAGAACGCAUUGAGAGUCUCCAGCAGAAAAAAUUAAAAAUUUCAGGAGAAAUUUUAAGCGGCAGCGGCAAGGUCAGCACCAAACUGACCAUCGACGAUCUGCGAUCGCUUUUUAAUAUAUAAGACUGAUUAGCAGCCUUAAAUUUAUUAUUAUUUACUACGUUUUCCUCAACAAUGGCUUUAAUUAAUGAACUGAAGCGAUAAAUGAAUUUUAAUGUAAACUUGAA